CGUCCCCUCUUAAGGACCUAUAAUGUCGAUAUCAGGGUCAUUGUUAUGAAAUUGUUGUGUUGUUGUGUAUGACAAUAGAUAACUUUGGGGGUUGUGAGAUAGAGCUUUCUAGUAAGAGUGAUUUUUAUUUGUUGAACAAAAUUAUCUUGUUACUAAAUGUCAUUUUUCAAAUUUUCAAAAUUCUCUCGACAUAUAAGGUUGAUUCCUGUUCAAUGCGGUUAUUCAGAUAACACUAGAAAUUCUACUUUCAGUAGAAAAUCUGAUAAAUCGAUGAAAAUUGCAAAAAACUGGAAGAUUUUUGUGCCUAUCGGAAUAGGGAUAUCAGUUGUUACCAUUUGGCAGUGGAAUCGUGCUAAGAGGCAAGGAAAUUUUGCUGGUUUUAAUGUGAUGACUGAUCCAGCCAAUGAUUUAAUAAUGCAGUGCUAUUAUUGGUUACCUUUGAGAGUUACAAGCCGAAUGUUUGGAUGGUUAGCAGAAAUAGAGCUACCUCCGAGAUUGCGUCCGUUUUUAUACAAUACGUACGCUCAGUUUUUCAAUAUAAAUUUAGAUGAAAUUGAUUGUGAUCUUCUGUUGUUUCCCAGUUUGGCCGAUUUUUUUGUAAGGUCACUAAAACUAAAUUCAAGACCUAUUGCUAAAAAUACAAAUAUCGUUUCUCCUGCAGAUGGAACAGUAUUGUACUUAGGACCCGUCUUAUCUUCACAGUUGGAAAAAGUUAAAGGAGUUACCUAUAAUCUUCAAAAUUUUUUGGGUGAAAAGAAACUAAAAUUAUAUGAGGGAAAGAAAGAACUUACUUAUGAUGAUAAUGAUAAUUUGGCAAAGUUACUUUUGAAAAAUCCAAAAAAUUCAUUAUAUCAGUUGACAGUAUACUUGGCACCUGGAGAUUAUCAUAGAUUUCAUAGUGCGACUGACUGGAAAAUAAAAAUUCGCCGCCAUUUUCAAGGUAAAUUGCUCAGUGUGAAUCCAAAAGUAGUUCAUUGGUUGCCAAAUCUUUUCGAAAUCAACGAGAGAGUUGUUUACCUAGGUGAUUGGGCAGGAGGUUUUAUGGCGUAUGCUGCCGUUGGUGCAACUAAUGUAGGUUCUGUAAGAGUGUAUUGCGAUAAUACUCUUAAGACAAAUAGAAAAAACUGGAAAGAAGAGGAAGAUUGGCAAGAGUUAGAUUUUAAUUCUGUGAAUAUUUCUAAGGGUGAACUAUUUGGCGAAUUCAGAUUAGGAUCAACAAUAGUGCUUUUAUUUGAAGCUCCUAAAGAUGUCAAAUUUUCUGUAAGACAAGGUCAGGUAAUUAAAGUGGGUGAAGCAUUAACGAAAUCACCAAUUAAGUGUUGUCGAACAAUUAAUAUUUCAUUUAAUUUUAAGCAAUGUACUUCAGAGGCACUAAAAUUUAUUCGAUUCGACUGUAAAUAAAACUAUGAUUUUCCGUAUGGUUCAUAAAAAGUAUGUCUACCAUAAGAGAAGUAAUCGAGUACAAAAAUAAAACAGUGUAAAGUGUAUGUUCAGUGUAAAUGCAACCUAGUAUAUUUUUGCAGUCAUUAAAAAUCUAUUUCCGAAUAAAGCGUGCUAUUUUUCUAAAUAUUCACAAACUCCUCCACAGAUUAACGGUCCGAGUUAAUGGAGUUCGACUGUACUUGCGAAUCAUACCACUGGAAAACGUAUAACUUCAACUACUGUUGUAGAUUGGUCACCUCUCUACAUAAAUAAUUUAUUUCAUUUACCUAACGGUAUCUCCCUUUUUUUGUGUAUACCUAGUUCUUUUGAAUUUCAUUUUGUCCUAAGUACACGGAGAGAAAUUUAUGGUAACAAUUACAAUAUAUUAUGGGAAUGGUUUCCAUGAUGCAUGGUAACCGGUUUUUUUGAAAUGUUGAUUAUAGGAAUGGCACCCAUAUAUUUUAGUUAUCAUUACUAUAAUAUUAUAUUAAUCGUUACCAUAAUAUUAUGGUAACCGUUACCAUAACAUUAUGGUAACCAUUACCAUAAUAUUAUAGUAAUGUUUACCAUAAUAUUAUGAUAACGUUUACUAUAGUAUUAUGGGAAUGAUUACCAUAAUAUUAUGGUAAUCAUUACCAUAAUUCUUUCACAUGCGAUAUGGGAACUGUUACCAUAAUUAUAGGAAUUAUUCCCAUAGUUAUGGGAACUUUUUCCAGAAAGUAUGGGCCUAUAUCCCAUAAUUCCAAGUAAUCAUUACCAUAACAGUAUGGGAUGAUAUUUCAUAAACGUACUAGGAACGGUUACCAUAAAUUUCUCUCCGUGUAGUUACCCGCUCAAAUUAGUCUUCUUUGGCAGAAAUUCAACGACUAAUCAAUCUGUAAUAAUUGGUCCUCUAUCAUUGUGCAAUAAAACAAAAAAUGCCAUUCGGUAGCCAGCAGUGUUGACAGUAGAUUUCCCAAAAUUUAUGAAGUAGAUCAAAAAGUUGCAUUAUUUAGAAAUUUAAGUGAUAACGAAAACUGAGUGUCAAAUAAAAACAUAGAAAUUGUCAUAUAUGUUUUAUUCUUAAAAACUAUCGAUGAAUUUAUAAAAAUAGUUGCCGAAAAUCAUCAAAGCAAGGUCAUUGGAAUUCAUCACAUAAUUUUGACACACAUUUAAAGGAAAAAUGCCCUGUCACAAUCCUUAAAAGCACGCCCUUCAGGUAAAAACGAAGACCUUCUUGAUCGAAAGGGGAUAGAGGGCUACUCCGAGUAGAAUCCUGGCUAAUAAAGAUGAGUUUAAAGCCAGUCCCUAGCUCAGCGUUACUAGCUAGCAGAUUUAGCUAAUAACGAGCUUACCGUUGGUUAAUUUUUUUUCAAGAAUAUUUUUAGCUCAUCGAUAUCUCGUGAGGAGGGCAAUAUUUAUUAUUUGCAGAUGGCGCUGUACAAGAAUGAAAUCUUGACUCACCAUUGCCUCACAGCUGGCUCAAAAUAAUUGGUUAUAAAUGGCGCUAUUUUCAAAUAAAAAAUAGCUCACUAUAAGCUAAUAGCUGGCCAUUAUGUAUUAUUUACAGAUGGCUCUGUACGAGAAUAAAAUCCUGACUCAUUAUUACAUCUCAGUUGGCUCGGAAUAAUUAUUUAUAGAUAGUGCAGUUAUAAAUUCAAAAGAUGACUUUCUCACUGUAAACUCAUAGCUGACCACUAUUUAUUAUUUACGGAUAGUGCUAUAUAAAAAGAAUUAGCUAACUGG